CAAAAACAAGAAAACUACCAGGCGUUCCUUCAAACCGCGCAUGUCCUAAAGGUAUUGCGAACAUUGUGGGCUCAAAAACAAAAUGGCGACCAAAGACUUUUGUCGAAAUUUUCAAACUUCUCUGUUCUUUUCACUUAUUUUCAUAACAUUUUUAACCAUAACUGUUAAGGGAGAUGAUAACCCUGAUAAGACCUCAGUGCAUACUAAUGAAGUGUCAUGGUCAAUGAUAUUCAAGCCAGUGAUGGGUGUAGUGGCGGGUAUACUGGGAAUAUGGUUGUGGACAACGUUGAAGGCUAAACAAGACGAGGAAAAGCUUCCCAAGACAAGAGACCCAAACCAAGCAGACAAACUUACUACCUCAGCAAUUAAGAUAUUUUAUGGAACACAGACUGGAACAGCCAAGAAAUUUGCAGAGAUGCUUCAAGAACUGUCUACAAGACAAGGCACUGAYUGCAGUGUUACAAGUCUGAAAGACUAUGAACCAGAGGACAAUCUUCCAAAUGAGAGCUGCACUUGUGUUUUUAUUGUAAGCACUUACACUGAUGGCCAACCACCUGAAGAUGCUGUAUGGUUCUGUAAAUGGCUUGAAGAAUCUUCAAAUGACUUCCGUGUCCAGAAAUCUCUCCUUGGAGGAGUCAAGUACGCAGUGUUUGGCCUGGGUAACUCUCUAUACAAGGAUAAUUUCAAUAUGGUUGCUAAGAACAUAGACCAGUGGAUGACAGCAUUAAGUGCACAACCUGCUGUUCCUCUCAGACUUGGGGAUGAAAAUCAUAUCAACAGUAAACAUGGAGGAAUAGAGGCAGAUUUUGAAGCCUGGACGAAAGAACUCCUUGCUACCUUUAAGUCAACAAGUUCAUGUGAAUGUGGAAGUCAAGAAACUUGCUGUAAAGAUGAGAAAAAUCCUCAACCACUCUUGAAGGAUUCAGAUGAAGAUGCAAUGUAUGAAAGCUCCACUGAUGAAGAUAAUGAUGAUGAGAGUGAUAAGAACAGGAAGAAAGAUCCCAAAAGUUCAGGGAUGGUGGAUUUAGAAGACCUUGGACCUGCCUUGAGAAAGAUGAAGAAAGCAAAAGAAAUGGAAAAUGGUUCGCUAGUAAAUGAACCGAAAGAGAUGGUCACAACUGUAAUAAGAGAAUCUCUUACAAAACAAGGUUAUAAAAUCAUUGGGUCUCAUUCUGGUGUUAAGAUCUGUAGAUGGACAAAGGCUAUGUUACGUGGGAGAGGAGGUUGCUACAAGCAUACAUUCUAUGGAAUAGAAAGUCAUCGUUGCAUGGAGACUACACCAAGCUUGGCUUGUGCAAACAAGUGUGUCUUCUGUUGGAGGCAUCAUACCAACCCUGUUGGUACAGAAUGGAAGUGGCAGAUGAAUGAACCAGAGAUGAUUGUAGAUGGUGCUAUGCAGAAUCACUUCAAUAUGAUAAAACAAUUCAGAGGUGUUCCUGGUGUAAAACUUGAAAAAUUUGAAGAAGCAAUGAAAAUAAAGCAUUGUGCACUGUCCCUUGUUGGUGAGCCAAUCAUGUAUCCCAAGAUAAAUGAGUUGAUCAAACUGCUACACGGCCAUGAAAUCUCUACAUUUCUUGUUACCAAUGCACAGUUUCCUGAUGCAAUCAAAAAUCUUGUUCCAGUGACACAGCUCUAUGUUAGUGUAGAUGCAAGUACGAAGGAAAGCUUAAAGAAAAUAGAUAGACCAUUAUUCAGGGACUUCUGGCCUAGAUUCUUAGACAGCCUGAAAGCAUUAUCAGAUAAGGGUCAAAGAACAGUUUAUCGAUUGACGUUAGUGAAAUCAUGGAACACAGAUGAACUCAAGUCUUAUGCUGACCUUGUGGCUCUUGGCAAACCAGACUUCAUCGAAGUAAAGGGUGUCACUUAUUGUGGGGAGUCCAAGGCUUCUACUUUAACAAUGGCUAAUGUUCCAUGGCAUCAAGAGGUGGUUGGCUUUGUUCAGCAACUUGUAGCUCUUCUACCUGACUAUGAGCUGGCCUGCGAACAUGAACACUCCAACUGUCUUUUGAUUGCACACAAGAAGUUCAAUAUAGAUGGUGAUUGGCACACAUGGAUAGAUUAUAGUAAAUUCCAUGAGCUGAUAAGAGAUUAUGAAGAUAGUGAAGGAAAGGCUUCAUUCUCGUCGCUUGACUACAUGGCAAAGACCCCUAAUUGGGCUGUUUUUGGUGAUGAACACAGAGGGUUUGACCCUGAUGAAACACGUUGGUAUCGCAAGAACAGAAAAGACAUCAGUGGCUGCUAAUAAUAUGUCAAGGAAUUUAAUGCACAUGAUUUUGAGCCGAGGAAUGGACACUGUUACUGUUGGUAACAUUAGAAUUGGAACAACCAACACCUCUCUUUCAUGCAACAAGUUAGCAAAUCUGUGAAUUCAAUAAAUAAAUAAUAUGGUACAAGAGCUUCUAUUCAUGCAAGACAAAUGUACAAAUAUUGGAUCUGACAACUGACAUGUAUAAAGGCAUGAACGUGGCAUGUUACAAUAUUGAUAAAUUAAUGAACACCCAAAUGCCAUAAUAAAGCACACUCUUUAUACCAUUAUAUCCUUUAUACAAAUAAAAUAAUCUGAAAAUA